CAGACCUGCAAUCCCAGCAACUACACAUCACAUUCUUUCUCCCCUCAUUUCGUCCCAUCAUGGUCCCCCCACGGGAAGCAGGGGAUACCCUGUCCGCCGAUGACUAUCUCUGGCCCAUGACGACUAUCCGGGACGCACUACUUCGCUCAGAGGCUAGCCUCAUCCCGAGGGGCAAGUUGCAUUCACUACUUCAAUACUAUCUUCCACGCCUGCGCAAGCCAUGGGCUCCUUUUGAGGCUGCCUCGGACUCCGCUCGCAAAUCUCUUUCGGCUAACUUUGUCUCUGUCCCCGGGACAAGCGCUAAGUUUGACAUCGAUUCUGGCGGCCGCACCCUCACGCUCCGUUUUGCGGACGAAGCUGGGAUCAACGAGGUCACGGCCUUCUUUUUGUGGAAGAGCUAUGCCAUGCACUCGCUAGACGACUUGCCGCCUGGCACUGCCGAGGACGAGCUUCUCGAGCGUCUCUUGGCGUGGUACGAGCAGGAGCUUGUGGCGAUUCCCCAAAUCGUCAUGGCGCUACAGUUCGCAGGCGAGGGAAUGAGUGAAAUUCGGAGGGAGACAGCGGGUGACCAGGGGAAGUACAUUGAGGAGCUGUUCAAGGCAUUCGCAAUGCUCGCACAAGCAUCCAUCGACGAGAAAAGGUUGAAGCAAGGAUUGUAUUGGGCGAAACUUCAGCUGAGACAGCAGGAGACGCUUCUCGACCUCCUGUUUCUCAUGUUGUACCAGUACACGACGCGCCCCGCUGCCGUUUCGGAGGGGCUCUUGAAAGGUGCAGUCAUGUCGCUCUUUGGCACACGACAGGCGAACCGCGAGGUGUGGGACCAGGAUAUCGAAUGCCAGCGGUUGAGUACGCGCGUGCGCGACCUGGUGCUCCUUAUCGCAAUCGAGUCGCUGUGCCUUGCGCAGAUCGUCUCCCCGGAGGCCGAGGAUGAUAACACGUUCGGUGCCACGCUCAUCCACUCCCGCGACAGCAUUCACGCGGUACACCAGGUCAUUGUGGAAUAUAGCGAAGAGCUGGGCGAGGGACACCAUCCUGAAGCCGGGGUAUUCCCCCAGUGGCCCAUCGCUAUUCUCUGUCUCGGCUGGUCAAUCGUUCUCCGCUCCCUUCCUCCCAACCUCCAGCCACCCACGAAUGAUUACUUCCUCCUGGACACGAGCGACAUGGACAACGCCGAGAUAACAUCAUUUGUCGACAUGGCGAAUCGCGCGCUGCGUCCCAGCUCGGGUCUGUUCCCGUGGCUCGAGGCCAUUUUUGACGGCCCGUUGUACAAGACGUCAAAGGACGCUUUCAGUGGCGACCUCGCCGAAGAAUUGUCUGCUCUCCGUCGAAGUCCCUUCAAAGACCUCCUCAUUGGCCUCGCCGAUCUCAUCCAACUUGACAAAAUCCCAGAUCGCAUGGGACUCUACCGCACUUGGGAGCUCCUCUUUGGCGGAGGAAGUCGCCAGGCCUCAACGUCGUUGUCAGCAAAUUUCUGGGCAGUUGACUUCGUGUUUGAUUAUCGCCGCGCCAUUCUCGACCAAAGUUUGUUCCCGCGGGAGCCGCUGAAUCUCUGCAACGUCCUCGCCGCUCUGACGGGCGUGAGCUCGGAUGGCGAGAUCGUGCUACACGACUCCACCACGCAUACCAUCACGGACGUUUACCAGUACUUCUCCAAUCUUCCCUUCGUCACAUUCAUCGCACCUCCCGGGACAUUCGACAUCGAUCGGCAUGACGAUGGGUAUCACACUGUUGAGGCCGCGUGUGACUUGGAGUUGCCCGGUGGCAACAUCAUUUCACGUCGGACUCGCGGGAUCGUACGCUCCAGCCCUGACGAUGACAAUACAGUCAUCAGCUGGCGCUUUGGGCAGCCUGCAUGGCCGUUGCUUCUUGCGAUCCUCUGUGGUGCGGCAGGGAUAGGGCACAAGGUGUCCAGCAGACCUGGUGUGCGUCGCAUCAACUUGGAGGAGAUGGGUGUGCAAGGCGAUUUGACCGAGAUCCUGCGAUCUGGUCUCAAAUUCCUGCGGUGCGUUUUCCGCUCCACCGAGGCCGCGGCGCACCUCGCAGCGGGUCAAAGCGGCGCAUUUGGGCGAUCCGUCCUCGAACUGGCUCUCAACGUUGCCAGUAGGCGCGAAGACGAGGACGCCAUUGCCGCGCGAUUCGCUAUCGACAUCCUCGAAUCCCUGCUCCUCACUGGCAACAGCGACAUUUGGCAGCACUUCCGUGGCUCCGGCUUCUUUGACUCAGCGUCGCGGCGACAGGGAAGUGUCGCGGAGCUUGUCCGCGAUGAAGCGACACGUGGCGAGCACGGCCUGACCAUCACAUUACUGCGUCUUGUGCGCUCGCUUACAGCUGCCAAUGCAGGUGACUCGCUCGUUGUGCGAUCAGCUAUCAAGCUUGUGUACGGAGAGGUCUGGGGCCAGUUCUCUGGAUGGCGUUACAAGGAUGUUUCAAAGCGCUACGAGAUUGCCGCCUUGCUAUUCGCAAUAUUCGAUAGCGUUCUCAGCCACCCGCUCGGCGCAGACGCAUCUUCUCCAUCCCCCGCCGCCGCUUUCCUUAUCGAGGUUUUGGUUAAAACGGCCAGCCCGCUUACAUACAAGCCGCUCGUCGACGUGCUCACGCAGUCAUCACAGCUUGUCACCAAACUUAUCCAGUCACGCCGGUGGUCGGAUGCCAGCGCUGUGUCCGUAACGUUUGACAACGCUGCAUCCCUCCUUGCCACUCUCGUGCGUCUUGCUCCCUCUCUCAAUGUCGCCACUACCGCGCUGCCCUACUCGAUUUUUGCGUCCACUGUCGUCCUGCCUGGUGGACACCGCAUCCAGCUCGCCGAUCGCCUGUUUGACCUGAUUACCGAUCCAGCCAUGCAAACGACGAGCCUUCGACUUGUGCUGCGUCUCGUACGAGUGUACCUUCUCACGACACACACUGGCACCCAGCGCCCCUCUCUAGCAGGGAUGCUUCGCCGCGCCAACGUCAGCAUUGAGAAGCUUGCUGAUCUCGCAUUUUCCUCCGCCGCCGAGGACGUCAAGCCCGACGCGUGGGCGUUACUCGGCACCAUCAUUCGCACGCAACCCGGCUGCGCGGCCUUCUGUAUUGGGCCCAAGAAUGAUGCACUCGCCGGACCGCUCAAGAUGGCUGUCGAGGAGGUAGCCGGAUGGAAAACGCUCAUGAACGGCGCGCCGUCUGCACUCGCCGCAGUUCUUGGCUACCUCCAAGCUGUGCUUGACUCGCCAAGCGCCAGCAACGGGGUCGCGGCGCUGCGCAAGGUGGAUGCGUUUUGGCAAGCCGUGUACGAGGUGUCGAUCAGGAAUGUGGCCAAACCUUCGUCGCUGGCCGAAGACAUUGCCCAGCGUGUGCAGGACUACGCGUACGCUGUCCAGUCCAAGGCAAACGCGUCUGGCCUUCUUGCAGCCGAGCUUGCGCUGGUGUUUGAGGCGGAAGGGCCCGAGACCAAGGCACUCAGCCUUGUGCUUUCUUUGUUCCGCAACACAAGCGCGUUGGAGGACGUCGCCACUGGCGCUGUGCGCACCACAUGCGACCCAGCUCUACAUGCCAACGAGGCGGCCGCAUUGGAGGAGGACGAUAUUCAGGUCGUGCGCCAGCGCACCAUCUGCCUUCCGGAAGAGCGCGUGUAUGGCGUGCAGUACCUGUAUGACGGGCCACUCGUGAUGCUCAACGACCACCAGAAGCAGGUGGCUGUGAACAGGUCGCUGGCUGUUCUCAACCUCAACUGGUCCCAGCUGGACGCCGACAUAGCCUUCACCAAGGCUUGGCGCCUUCUCGCCGAGAUCGCGUCUGAGUGGACGCAGGGCGACGGCCUCUGCGCAAAGGCCUCUCUGCGUGCCGCUGCUGUGGUCUCGCACGAGCUCGCCGACGAGGACCGUGGGGGCGACGUGAUGCUGGCGAUCCAGACCGAGCGCUUGGCCAUUCUUGCUGUACUGCUCGAGGUGGCACUUGCCCCCGAGACGGAAGCGACCGAACCCGAUGUCGUUAAGGAGCUCGCUAGAUCGGUGCGUCGCAUCGUUGAGACGCCGCUAUUCAACCCGCUCGUCUCGUUGCGCCAUCCAGAGCUGCUGCCCAUCCACCGACCAGUGCUACGAGUGCUCUUAUCGCUGUCGCAGGCCAAGACUGGCGCGGCGCAAGACGACGUGAGCGAAGUGCUCUUUGACUCCGGCGCGAGCUUCGCUCUCGACGCGGCCGACUGUAUUCUCGAUUGGAUCGUGCGGGGGCGCCCGGCUGCGGAGGCUGAUCUUGGCCUUGUCGUCGCCCUUCUUUGUCAGAUGGAGCGCGCUCCGCUCGGUGUCUGGCUUGACAAGCUCAUGCAGGUCAACUUGAUUCCCCGCUCUCUUGAGCUCAUUGUGCGCACCAGCCCUGUCGACGGCGUCCUCCCCCCCCAUUUCCACACUAUUCUCUUGCUUCACCUUGCCAUCUCGACCAAGACUCCCACCGCUGAGAAACUCGCCGUCUCCGGUAUCCUCCAGGCGUACUCGGAUAACGUCGUUGCUGUAGCUGCCGAGGCCGCCAGUAUCGACCCGUCCAAGGAUGAGUCGCUGCAUCGCGCGUGGUGCGGCAUGCUGCUUACCGUCAAGGCGCUUCUGGGCAGCUUAGGUGGCAGCUUUGCCCGCUCUGACGUCGUGCCGUGGGUCCGAGUCGUGUUACCGCAGAUGCUCCGUGCGCUUGAGUGGCAUGAGGCGCCGCUCUCGCGUCCCCUACUCACGGAGAUGCGGCUGGUCGCCGACAUCUUCUACUGCCUCGCCGAUACGCCCGGCACUGGCCUAUUAGACGACUUUGCGCCCGCCGCGCUGAGUCUGCUGAGAGGUGUAGGCUACGCACUCUCGCACCCUCAUCGCUUCGCCAUCCUUGUUGUCCCGGAAAGUGAGGAGGAGCACGCCGCACUCGAGAAGGAACUCGAGGCGAUCGAGAAGCAAAAGGACGACGUCAACCUCGUUGACUCGCGCACGCCCGUCGUGGCCGCCGCAACGAGUGGGCUAGUGGAUGCGACGCGCAGCGUACUCGCCGCGCUGGUGCGGUUCACGCGCGCAUUCCCACUGUUGUCUGGCGACGUCGAACCGCAGCCGGAGCUCCUGCUCCGCGACGAGGAUGACGCAAUGGUCAGCGCGUCGAGUGAUCCCAUCGGCGCGAUCAAUGACGUCUUCCUCCUCCUCAUCAACCUCGUUGAGCGUCUGAAGGGCGGGGACCGCGCACUGGCUCAGCAAGGCGUUGAGGCAGCUGCGCUCCUCGCCGUCACGCAGCUCCUUAGCCGUCGGACGCUGCAGCCCGACCUGUCUGACAUGGAUGUUGACGCCCCCGAGAAGCGGCGCAACAGCAUCGCCAACCGAUCGGGCAGCGUGCUGCGCGAGUUGCAAGGCGACGUACGCUCCAUGCUCCCCGCCGGCCCAGGCUUAUUGGGGUACCUCCGAGGCAUUGCUGAAACUGAAUUCGGAGAUGCUUGAGAAAGAAGCGACUAGAAUUUUGUUGUACAACCUACAGAUUACAUAGGCAUGGCGUUUAUGUCAAAGAGUCACAGUACG